AUGGCCUUCUCAACCCAAAUAAACCCCGCAACAAGCGCGAAGUCCAACCCAAAAGUCAAGACAAUCUCCAACCCCCGCCGCCUCCUAAUCCUCUCACCAACCUCGCAAUCCAUCUCGAUAAUCCCUCCCCUCCUAACUUCCUUGACGGGCACACCAAUCGAAAAUCCACCGCAACAAGAUACAAAACCAACCGUGCCGGACAAUGCAUCACCGAACACCGAAACACCACCAACGACUACCACAUUCGCUGGGUACACAACCCACGCGCCUCUGUCCCUCUCAACAAAAUAUUACACAGCCGAAGUCCCACUCUGGGUAGAUGAAAUUCCGCUUCCCGCGCCCCAAACUUCCGAAUCGGAACCGGAAACGCAGACGCCAACAGCAGAACAAUGGAAAACAGAAUUCCUAAGUCCGGAAGCUGAUAUCGUCCGCGAUGCUGUCGGUGCAUUAGCUGUAUGCGCGCAUAUUCCAUCCGAGUCAAACACACCUCCGACCUCGAAUCCAGAUACAGAUGGGCAGGCAGACCCAGACAAAGAUCCAGCCAAGCACCCCGAUGUCGUUGCUCUCUUGACACUAAUGCGGAAUGUUGGCGCUGUUAAGGGACGUAUUGAUGAGGAAAGAGGUGGGGUCGGUGAUGUUCCCGGUAUAUUUGUUUUAGUUGGGAAGAAGGGUGGUAUUUCUCAAUCUGGAACUGCGUCUGGGAACCGUGAUGCAGAUGCAGAUGCAGAUGAACUAGCUCUUGGUGUUGAGGAGGAUGACCUUGGUGGUGAGGAUGCAACCCCGUUCUCGGUUGGGUGGUGGGAGGAUCAAUUCUAUGAUCUGGGAUUGUUGGGGUGGGAGGUUGUUCAGUGGGAUCCUAAGGGUGAUGGGGAGGAGGGGAAAGAAGGGGAGAUGAGGAAUGUUUAUGGAGAACGAGUGGGCAUGCCUCGUAUCAAGGAAGUUCUUGAAACGCAUGACUGGUCUGCUUCUGGAUCGGGGGGUCUUGGGCUUGAUGGGGAACAAGAUCCUGAUAUGGAUUCUGACGAUGAUCUCGAGGAUCAAUUGUUAGGUAUGUCAUCUGGGCAGACUCGUGGCUUUGGAAAUGAGGUCCAUGAGUUGGAGCGGGAGAUGUUCGGAUUGCGGAUGGCAAUUGAGCGGGGUGGUGGUGAUGGGUUUGGAGAUGAAGAAGAGGAGGGAGAGGACAAUGGUGACGAUGAGCUUGAUGUUGAGUCUAUGGAGGCAUUGAUGAUGCGCAUGCAGGCUAUUAAGGAUAUGAGCAAUGAAUUGCCUGAAGAUCAGCGCAAGCGGUUUGCAGCUAAGGCGGUGCAGGAUAUCAUGCGCGAGCUUUGA